AGCACCCUGUUGCGUUAAGUUCAUCCCGUAUAGCGAUCAACUCUUGGAUUUGUGGAUCCCGCAGGAUCGAUUCACGUCUGCCUCAAUGGCUGAGUCAUUGGCUGGGCUAUCAUGCAACGAACCCAAAGCCCCUUCUGCAGUAUCAGAUCUGGCUCUGGUCAUUCAUUACUGCAUUCUGUGGUCUAUCAGUCUUAUAAGCGCUGUUCAACUACUCUGGGUAUUUCCUCGAACGCAGUGUGCCUGGCAUUAUUACCUCAUAUAUCAGUACCCAUCACCAUCCCUUGUUCUCUCUGAAAUGUUUCUAAUAGAAAGUCACAGGGAGUAUUAGCAGUCCUCAUUAUCAGCAUAAUGGAAAGCCCCC